AUGGCGGACGCUGACAAGCCCGAGRUGGUCGGGGCCGCUGGCGACGACAGCCCUCAUCAGCUGCCCGCAGAGUCUCAGGGCGAAUCGCGGCGAGAAUCGCUCCCCCCGGAGCCGGAGAAGCAGCCUCCGCAGCACAGCAGUAGCUCCAAUGGCGUUAAAAUGGAGAAUGAUGAAUCAGUGAAAGAAGAAAAAUCUGACUUAAAAGAAAAAUCUUCAGGAAAUAAGAAGGCCAAUAGAUUUCAUCCUUAUUCAAAAGACAAGAAUUUGGGCACUGGAGAAAAGAAGGGUCCAAAUCGUAACAGAGUUUUCAUUAGCAACAUCCCGUAUGACAUGAAAUGGCAAGCUAUUAAAGAUCUAAUGAGAGAAAAAGUUGGUGAGGUUACAUACGUGGAGCUCUUUAAGGAUGCGGAAGGAAAAUCAAGGGGUUGUGGUGUUGUUGAAUUCAAAGAUGAAGAAUUUGUAAAGAAAGCACUAGAAACUAUGAACAAAUAUGAUCUUAGUGGAAGACCCCUUAAUAUUAAAGAGGAUCCUGACGGAGAAAAUGCUCGUAGGGCAUUGCAACGAACAGGAGGAUCAUUUCCAGGAGGACAUGUCCCUGAUAUGGGAUCGGGGUUGAUGAAUUUACCACCUUCCAUUCUCAAUAAUCCAAACAUUCCUCCUGAGGUUAUCAGUAAUUUGCAGGCUGGUAGACUUGGUUCUACAAUUUUUGUUGCUAAUCUUGACUUCAAAGUUGGUUGGAAGAAGCUAAAGGAAGUGUUCAGCAUAGCUGGAACUGUAAAGCGGGCAGAUAUUAAAGAAGACAAAGAUGGAAAGAGCAGAGGAAUGGGCACUGUCACUUUUGAGCAAGCAAUUGAAGCAGUUCAAGCAAUUUCUAUGUUCAAUGGGCAGUUUUUAUUUGAUAGACCUAUGCAUGUGAAAAUGGAUGACAAGUCUGUCCCUCAUGAAGACUACCGUUCACAUGAUAGUAAAACACCACAAUUACCACGUGGUCUUGGAGGUAUUGGAAUGGGACUUGGUCCAGGUGGACAGCCUAUUAGUGCUAGCCAAUUGAACAUAGGUGGUGUAAUGGGAAAUUUAGGUCCAAGUGGUAUGGGAAUGGAUGGUCCAGGUUUUGGAGGAAUGAAUAGAAUUGGAGGAGGAAUUGGGUUUGGUGGUCUGGAAGCAAUGAAUAGCAUGGGAGGAUUUGGUGGAGUUGGCCGAAUGGGAGAGCUAUACCGUGGCGCGAUGACUAGUAGCAUGGAGCGAGAUUUUGGACGUGGUGAUAUUGGAAUAAAUCGAGGCUUUGGAGAUUCCUUUGGUAGACUUGGCAGUGCAAUGAUUGGAGGGUUUGCAGGAAGAAUAGGAGCUUCUAACAUGGGUCCAGUAGGAUCUGGAAUAAGUGGUGGAAUGGGUGGCAUGAACAGUGUGACUGGAGGAAUGGGGAUGGGACUAGACCGCAUGAGUUCCAGCUUUGAUAGAAUGGGACCAGGUAUAGGAGCUAUACUGGAAAGGAGCAUCGAUAUGGAUCGAGGAUUUUUAUCGGGGCCAAUGGGAAGCGGAAUGAGAGACAGAAUAGGCUCCAAAGGCAACCAGAUAUUUGUCAGAAAUCUGCCUUUUGACUUGACUUGGCAGAAACUCAAAGAGAAAUUCAGUCAGUGUGGUCAUGUUAUGUUUGCAGAAAUAAAAAUGGAGAAUGGAAAGUCAAAAGGUUGUGGAACGGUCAGAUUUGACUCCCCAGAAUCAGCUGAAAAAGCCUGCAGAAUAAUGAAUGGCAUAAAAAUCAGUGGUAGAGAAAUUGAUGUUCGCUUGGAUCGUAAUGCAUAAUUUCAAACCACGGUUGGAACAUUCCUUCAUCUGUUUUGCUGAAUCUACUAGUAAAAGUCAUUUUUUUAGUAAUACUGUAUGCUUACAAAAGCUGUAAAAAUGAACUUUUAAAAUUCCCACCAGCUUUUAACAGUAUAAUGUUAAAAAUAUACUGUGAUUUUUGUUAAUCUCAAGUUUGGGUUUCCUAAAGACAGCA